AUGCAGGGAUCUCUGGAUAAUGAGAUUAAUCAGGAUUUUCAGGAUGCUAUAGAUGUAAUGCAGCGUCACUCCGAGCACUCGGAGAUAUUCUACUGCAACGCAGACAGUAAGUACUAUGAGGCUCUCAGGUGUCAGGAGUCUUUUGUGCAACACACUGUUUCCUGUUAUCAUCACUACCCCUCCCACAGUGGCGGACCAGCAGCCUCGUAUGACUGGGGUGAGACGUCAUCGUGGUCUCACGUUGCGGCAGAGACGUCUCCGUGGGCGGCGGUCGAGGCCCCGACGCUCUUCCCCCUCCUCCCGGAGCGCCUCCGGAAAGGCCGCAAGAAGCUGCGGCUGUACGAGUACCUGCACGAGGCUCUGCACGACGCCGGCAUGGCCGACUCCAUCCAGUGGACGGACCGAGGCAGUGGCACCUUCCAUUUCAUCUCCAAAAACAAGGAGAGGUUGGCUAAGUGCUGGGGCCAGCGCAAGGGCAACCGCAAGGCCAUGACCUAUCAGAAGAUGGCACGCGCCCUGCGGAACUACAGCCGCACCGGUGAGAUCGUCAAGGUGCGCCGCAAACUCACCUACCAGUUCAACCCUUUGAUCCUGCAGAGAUUGGAAGCCAUGGCGACGGGCCCCUCGGUGCAAGAGCUGAUCCCUCCCCAGCAGAGCCCCGCCGAGCUGGGUUUUUACCACUCGCCGGUGCCCGAGUGGCACAGUUGGUGCGGGCAGUACCCCUUCCAGGGAGAGUGUGACCUCACCACCGUCCUGACGGCGGACGGUGGGCUCAAAACACAUGUUUCAUCUCAGUGA